AUGUCGGACUCUGUAGAUCGAGUCUUUGUUCAUGCCCUCAAUACCGUUAAGAGGAUUCCCCGGACCGGCACCGCGCGACCUCCCGCUGCCGAGCGGUUGGCACUAUAUGGCUUGUAUAAGCAGAGUAUGGAGGGGGACGUGGAGGGAGUAAUGGAUCGUCCGAUUGGGAACACGCCGGAGGUGCACGCGGAGUGCGAGAAAUGGGAUGCAUGGUAUGCGCAGCGUGACAUAUCGCGCACCGAAGCCAAACGCAGGUACAUCUCGACGCUGAUCCACACCAUGCACCAAUAUGCAUCCCAAACACCCGAAGCACGCGAGCUAGUCGCCGAGCUCGAGUUCGUCUGGGACCAGAUUAAGUUCAACACCUCGUCGUCGUCUACUUCUAGUCCGGUGAAUACAGUCGGCGUCCCGCCGUUAUCGCGCAGUGCGUAUGGGAGUAUUGCGGGUCGAAUGGCGGAGGAGGACUAUGACCGUCCUGGUCGACGGGAUGAUACCAGUCGACGAGAUCGGGACUCGCGGUUACGGGUUCUCAGUCCUAUGAGCCAGCCGGAGGAGGAGGAGUAUUAUCGGCGGCGGAGGGGGUCUGAUGAGAACCAUAAGGAUGGGAGUCCGCAUAAUGAGGACGAGGAUGAGGAUGAGGAGGAGUUUGAGGAAGCUCGUGAUAGCUUAUACGAAGAACGAGAUCAAGACGAUCACGAUGACCCGGACCAUGCUAGCUCCCACUCCAACACCGACACACAUACACAUACCGACGUCUCCUCACAUCACCGUCCCAAGCAUCGUCGCAAUCCUGCCUCUGGUAUUAGUAUAGACAGCAGUGGGAACGGUCUCCCGCAUAGUCGGCAUUCCCAUUCAGAGCCAGCCUCGAAAGACAGUCGCUGGCGCCGCCGUGUCGAGCAGGCCUUGACGAAAAUGACAGCGGAGAUUGCGGCCGUGCGCGAGCAGAUGGAAGCUCGGUCUAUUGCGCAUCGCCGUCGGUCUGGUCUGUUAGCGUGGGUGAAGUGGAUGAUUUGGGUUGCUGUGCGGCAGAUCUUGUUUGAUAUUGCUAUGCUGGGCAUGCUGCUUAUUUGGAUGCGGUUGAGGGGGGAUCGUCGUGUUGAGAAUCGACUUAAGACUGGCUGGGCGGCGGUUAAGGCGAGGCUUAAACUCCUGAGGGUCGUGGAUGCGCCUUUAUUGCCAUAA